AAGAACCACUGUAUAAACAAAGCCCCUUAUAGGAAAGCUUCUACCCUGUAUUUCUCUCUCAAUCUCUCUUAAUUUUCUUUCAUUCUUUCUAUAAACUGGAAGGCAGGAAGCUAUCCAUAUUUAUCACUUGAAAGUGGAAGCCUGAUUCCUACAUCCAAUGGCCUCAACCUGUAUUUCAACCUGCAUCAAUGACACUAGGGUCCCAGUCAGGCCAACCUACGUGAACCUUUAUAAGUGGCCGGAAUCAGAUGCUGAGUUUGUCAGGUCACUGAGGUCUGACGGUCCCAGCAGGGGCGGCCGUGCACAUCCCACGGUUGUUGAUAGCAUUUCAUGCAGGCAAAUGUACCUGAGGAGCUACACGUUUCAUAGGAAUGAUCAAAUUGAGCCUGAAAAAACAAAAUGUUUUGGCAGAGCUAAGAAGGAAAAGGUGAAGAGUCCUCCUAGAAGAAAAAAGAGGUCCAAAACCGUUGCCAAGAAGAAGAGUGCAGCGCUGAGAAGGGCCAAAGAUGUCUCUUGUGCCGCCCUGUUGGCCAUGUUUCGCAGGCUGUUGUCCUGCACCACCAAGGUUGACGUGGCUGAUCAUAGAGAUUGA